AGGCUGAACUAGGAGGAAGAUUUUCUUUUUAGGUUUUUCAGAGCUGAAGUCUCUCUUUUUACAUGUUCAUGUUCGCAAAAGGCUUGACUUUUCUGAGUACAUAGAAGGGAUAGAGAGGCUGACAAGCAGAACAAGAGGAGGAUUUAUUUAUCCACCUUUUUUUUUCGAUUUGGAAGCACGUGGCAGCCGGUCCUGCCACUGAGCUUGCACAGAAGUGAGGUCAUUCAGCAAAUUGUUCUUUCUAGAAGCUUAGCAGCUCCAGUUUUUUAUAUCACUCGACUGCCAGGAAGAGAGGAAAGACCAUGGUGGCUGGAAUGGUAAUGCCUUUGGAGGACCUGAGGGCCAUUUACGAACUGCUUUUUCGGGAUGGCGUGCUGGUUGCUAAGAAGGACAAGCGGCCUCAGGUCAAGCACCCAGAGAUCCAGGUGGUCACCAACCUGCAGGUGAUGAGGGCCAUGGGCUCCCUGAAGUCCCGUGGGUAUGUGAGGGAGACCUUCGCUUGGAGACACUUCUACUGGUAUCUCACCAAUGAGGGCAUUGUCUACCUGCGCGACUACCUGCGGCUGCCACCUGAGAUUGUGCCCUCCUCCCUGCAGAGGGUCCGGCGCUCAGCGACCACCUUGAAUGUCUCAAGCCGGGCGAUGCGAGUCCAGACAGUAGACGGGCCCAUCUCCUAUGCUCCCAAGCCUGGUUCUAGGUUAGGGGCGGAGUCCCAGGAAUCGCUGAUGGACCGACAGGCCUAUCGACGAAAGAGGAUGGCUGACAAUGAGGAAGUGCCACCUGAGAGGACACCGAGGUUCAGGGGUCGCCCAAUCGCAGCUGAUAGGCCCAGGGCAUCAUGGGAGUUGGGGGCUGAGAGCCAGCCUGGCUUCAGGGAUGGCGAAGUACACCGAAAGGAAGUGAGCAGGAUGAUGGAGGAGAGCCAAGUGAAGAGGACGUCUGUUGCUAAAUUCUCUCAGCUUCCUCCUGAUGUCAGGGGUGCUAAACCUACCACGAUGGUGACCUCUGAGGAGAAGGCCUUCGGUAGAGGCCGUAAGGUGGCCACAGAAGUAGUAGAAGUGCAAAAAAUCUCUGUGUCAAGAGAUGUAAAGUUAGUUAGCGAACAACCUGCCAAAAAAACGGCACUUCUAGCCGCUGCAGCACCAGCGAUGGCAGCAGCCGCUGUGGCAGUGGUGAUUGAUUCCACGCCCACCAAGGUAGCAAAACAAAAGGCCAAGAAGGCAGAUGCAGAGAAGAUUGCCCAUGAGACCCCCAAGCCUGACCCUGUUGCCAGUAAACCAGCAAUGGCAGAUAUUCAGGCGGAAUUUCCCCUGCUCACCGGUGAGGUGAAGGCCAAGAGAACCUCAGAAUUGAAGAUUGAAAGGGAACCUCUGAAAAAAGGGACAAAAGAAGAUGCUCCCACUAUACGGAUGCCUGCGCCAACCCUGACACCGCCACUAUCUUCUGCCGCGAAUGCUGCUGAAAAUGGCCCGGAGGUGCAGGUUAUGAAAUCCUCUGUGGUCAAAGUGGCACGUGAGGCCUCCAAACAGGCUAAGCCUGAACCUGCAGCUGAUGACCAGGAAGUUGUAGGUAAAACUGAGAUGGCAUCUGUCACACAUGUGAUACUCAAGAAGGAAGUGAAGAUUGCCAAGACACCAACGUCUCCGGAACCAUCUUCAGAACCACAUCCCGCUGAACCGGUCCUGUUGGCAGCCUUAGCUGCCACCAUGGCAAAUGAAGCUCCAUCCCCUGCCCCUAGUCAGGUGGUUAAGAGCGAGACUAAGAAAACCUUUGAAGCCAAGGUAAUGAUGGAGCAGCCUGAUUUGCCUUCAGCUAAAAUCUCAGCCAAACUAGCAACGCCCACUCUGGCAGUACAGUGUGAAGCCUCUGACAACAAACCGACACGGGGAGCUCCCAAACCCACCAAUGAAAACACCGUUUGCAAAUCAGAACCUCCAGUAGAGGCCGUAGAACCUGUUCCACCCGAGGGGGGCUCCUUAGGAAGAGCGACACAGGGGACCCCUAAAUCGUCUUUAGAAACUGUCGCGACUGAAUCGGCAGUAGCGGCGGAGGCUGAGACCGCAGACCCUGCCGAUGAGAUAAAGGUGACGACAGAAACAGCCAUACAGGUGACGGUGACAAAGACUGCUUUCCUGACGAGCGCCACCAUUCCCGAGCCCUUCCAGAAAGCAGCGGGGAAAAUCCCCGAGGUGGAGUCCGUCACCACCACCACAGGGGGAGAGAAAACCGAGCCGGAGAAUGCAGCUAGAGGGAGCGGGAGGAAGGAGACCCCCAUAAUUUCUGUCAACAUCGCUAAACCGGCAGCCCUUCCUGCUCCUGCAGAGAAGGCCCAGUCUGUGGUAAAGGAAGAGGCCCCUGCCCACGCUGAAGUUCGGGCUGUAAAGCAGAGUCCGGGUCCCUCUCCCCAAACGGUCCCCUCUGCUCAGAGCACGCCAUGUGCAGCUGUGAGAUCCCAGGCUUCUGCUCCCUCCGACAAAGGGAAGGCGGAGCCUGCAGAGUUCACCGAGGAAAAAAUGAAGCAGGAGGUCCCAGAGCUAUCUUCCGAAAGCAAACCACCAGCGGCGGCAUUGGCAGCAGCAGGAGCAGCAGCAGCUGGGGCUGACGCCAGCACACGAGCAGCGCAGGGAGGGCCCCCGUCACUCACUUCAGAGUGUGCGUCUCCAGAAGCAGAACAGAAACAAGACAGAGGAGCUGGGAUUCACAAGGCCUCCACGGACAGACACCCCACUCCCGUCGUCCAGCCCGCCACCGAGCCCUACCCUGACCCCGAGUCUGAAAACCUAGACUUGGCAGCCAUGAGGAAAAAGAUUGUGGUCGUGGAGGAGGUGAUCGAGGUCCAGCACCUCAAUGCCGCCCAGGCAGAAGGGGGCCAGCCCCUGCCCCCUGACUCCGAACAGGCUGGCCAGGACAUUGACCUGGACAUCUUGACGGAAUUAGCACUGGAAAAAGCUGCGAGGGUGGAAGCUGAGGGGGCGCCCAGCGCCACCCGCGUCCUCUUUCCCGAACAGGACUGGGACCACGGCUUGGACGAACCGGAAGAGAAGUCCUGGCCAAACUUCAUUGAAGAUGAACGGGACCGUGUUCAGAAAAAGACCUUCACCAAAUGGGUCAACAAGCAUUUAAUCAAACACUGGAGCGCUGAGUCUCAGCGCCAUGUGACCGACCUGUACGAAGACCUGCGAGAUGGACACAACCUCAUCUCCCUGCUGGAGGUCCUCUCUGGGGAUACACUGCCGAGGGAGCGGGACGUUGUCAGGAACUUGCGGUUGCCCCGUGAGAAAGGACGAAUGCGCUUCCACAAACUUCAGAAUGUACAGAUAGCACUGGACUUCCUGAAACACCGGCAGGUUAAGCUGGUGAAUAUCAGGAAUGAUGACAUCGCCGAUGGGAAUCCCAAGCUGACCUUGGGGUUGAUAUGGACCAUCAUCCUUCACUUCCAGAUCUCAGAUAUCCAGGUGAACGGGCAGUCGGACGACAUGACUGCCAAGGAGAAGCUGCUGCUGUGGUCCCAGCGCAUGGCCGAGGGCUUCCAGGGCAUCCGCUGCGACAACUUCACCACCAGCUGGAGGGAUGGAAAACUCUUCAACGCUGUCAUCCACAAACACCAGCCCAAGCUCAUUGACAUGACCAGGGUGUAUCAGCAGACCAACCUGGAGAAUCUGGAGCAGGCUUUCAGUGUGGCGGAGAAGGACCUGGGGGUCACACGGCUGCUGGAUCCGGAGGAUGUGGACGUGCCCCACCCAGACGAGAAGUCCAUCAUCACUUAUGUCUCCUCCCUGUACGACGCCAUGCCGCGCGUGCCUGGCGUGCCGGACGCUAUCGCGGCCAAUGAGCUGGAGCUGCGCUGGCAGGAAUACUACGAGAUCGUCACCCUGCUGCUCCAGUGGAUCAGACACCAUGUUAUCGUCUUCGAGGAGAGGAGAUUCCCCACCAGCUACGAGGAGAUCGAGAUUCUCUGGCGCCAGUUCCUGAAGUUCAAAGAGACCGAACUCCCAGCAAAGGAAUCGGACAAGAACCGCUCCAAGCACAUUUACAAGUCCUUUGAGGGUGCGGUCCAGGCUGGUCAGGUCAAAGUUCCCCCAGGAUACCACCCCAUCGACGUCGAGAAAGAAUGGGGGCGGCUGCACGUGGCUAUUCUGGAAAGAGAGAGGCUGCUCAGGGUAGAGUUUGAGAGAUUAGAGAGACUUCAGAGGGUUGUCAGUAAAGUCCAGAUGGAGUCCGGAGUGUGUGAGGAGCAGCUCAACCAGGUGGAGACACUGCUGCAGUCGGACAUUCGUCUGCUGAAUGCUGGCAAGCCUGCCAUGAACACUCUUGAUGUGGAUAAAGACCUGAACAAGGCUGACAAUAUGAUCAGGCUGCUCUUCAAUGACGUGCAGCUGCUCAAGGAUGGCCGCCAUCUGCAAGCUGAGCAGAUGUACAGGAGGGUCUACCGCCUCCACGAGCGCCUGGUUAACCUGCGGACCGAGUACAACGUGCGGCUGAAAUCCGGCGUGUCCAUCAACCAGUCGGUGAACGCGGUCAGCGUCACCCAGGUGUCCACCAUGAAGGUGCGGCCCGAGCUGGACGACGUGACGCUGCGCUACGUCCAGGACCUGCUGGCCUGGGUGGAGGAGAACCAGCGGCGCAUCGAGACGGCCGAGUGGGGCUCCGACCUUCCCUCCGUGGAGUCGCAGCUGGGCAGCCACAGGGGCCUGCACCAGACCAUCGAAGACUUCCGCUCCAAGAUCGAGCGCGCGCGUACGGAUGAGAGCCAGUUGUCCCCCGCCAGUAAAGAUGCAUACAAAACCUAUCUGGGGAAGCUGGAUUUGCAGUAUGCCAAGCUGCUGACCUCGUCCAAAUCCCGUCUCCGCCACCUGGACCAGCUCCACGCUUUUGUUGUCGCUGCCACCAAAGAGCUCAUGUGGCUCAAUGAUAAAGAGGAGGAAGAGGUGCACUAUGACUGGAGUAACCGCAACACCAACAUGACCGCCAAGAAGGACAACUACUCGGGGCUAAUGCGUGAGCUGGAGCUUCGGGAGAAAAAGGUGAAUGAGAUCCAGGCCACUGGCGAGAGGCUUCUGAAAGAAGGCCACCCAGGGAAGAAGACUGUGGAGGCCUUCACAGCCGCCCUGCAGACCCAGUGGAGCUGGAUCCUACAGCUGUGCUGUUGCAUCGAAGCCCAUCUUAAGGAGAACACCGCCUACUACCAGUUCUUUGCUGACGUGAAAGAGGCAGAGGAGCGGUUGAAGAAGAUGCAAGAGAACAUGAGGAAGAAGUACACCUGCGACCGCUCUGUCACUGUCACCCGCCUGGAGGACCUGCUGCAGGAUGCCAUGGAAGAGAAGGAGCAGCUGAACGAGUUUAAGACGCAUGUAGCCGGUCUGAACAAGCGGGCCAAGACCAUCAUCCAACUUAAGCCGCGUGACCCAACAACGUCCCUCAAGAACAAACUGCCAGUCCAGGCUGUCUGUGACUUCAAACAGAUGGAGAUUACAGUCCACAAGGGUGAGGAGUGUGCACUGCUGAAUAACUCCCAGCCCUUCAAGUGGAAAGUCCUGAACAAGUCUGGAAAUGAGUCUGUGGUUCCGUCUGUUUGCUUCAUCAUCCCACCCAUUAAUAAGGAAGCCAUGGAGAGUGUGAACAGUCUGGAUGGGACUCACCAGAAAGUGGUGUCCAUGUGGCAGAGGCUGCAUAUUGACCUGAGGAGCAUGCUCUCCUGGCAGUACCUGAUGAGGGAUGUCCAGCAGAUCCGCUCCUGGAAUAUCCUCAUGAUUAAGACCAUGAAGGUGGAGGAGUACAAGAUUGUUCUGAGGAACCUGGAGCUACACUACCAGGAAUUCAUGCGAGACAGCCAGGACUCUCAGCUGUUCGACGCAGAUGACCGCAUGCAGAUCGAGACAGACUACAACAAGGCCACACAGUACUACGACAACCUACUGCGUUCUGUGGAGAAAGGCUCUCUCAUCAGCCCUCAAGGCGAGAAAGAUGAGUCUGUGUGCAAGAGCCAAAUCAGCCAGAUCAGGGAACUGCGUCUGCAGCUGGAGGACUGCGAGACUCGAACCGUGAACCGGAUUCGCCAGCCCGUGGACAAGGACCCACUCAAGGACUGUGCCCAGAGGGUGUCUGAGCAGAAGAAAGUCCAUGUAGAACUGGAAGGCAUCAAGAAGAACCUGGACAAGGUGGCUGAGAAGACAGAGGACAUCUUGGCCUCCCCACAGCAGUCCAGCUCCAGCCCUGUCCUGCGCUCUGAGCUGGACAUCACCUUACAGAAGAUGGGCCAUACCCACAGCCUGUCAUCCAUCUAUCUGGACAAGCUGAAGACCAUCGAUCUGGUCAUCCGCAAUACACAGGACGCUGAAGAGGUGCUGAAAAAAUACGAGGACCGUCUACGAGAAGUCAACAAGGUCCCCAACGACCUCAAGGAGGUGGAGACGUACCGUACACAGCUCAAGAAAAUGCGUGGCGAAGCAGAGGGCCAACAGCCCGUGUUCGAUGGCUUGGAGGACGAGUUGCGCAAGGCCACGGCCGUGAGCGAGCGCAUGUCCCGCAUCCACAGCGAGCGCGACGGCGAGCUGGACCACUACCGCCACCUGCUGGGCAACCUGCAGGAGCGCUGGCUGGCCGUCUUCGCCCAGAUGGACGUGCGCCAGCGCGAGCUCGAACAGCUGGGCCGGCAGCUGGGCUACUACCGCGAGAGCUAUGACUGGCUCAUCCGCUGGAUCGCCGACGCCAAGCAGCGCCAGGAGAAGAUCCAGGCCGUGCCCAUCAGCGACAGCAAGACCCUGAAGGAGCAGCUGGCGCAGGAGAAAAAACUUCUGGAAGAGAUUGAGAAAAACAAAGAAAAGGUUGACGAGUGUCAGAAAUAUGCCAAGGGGUACAUUGAUUCCAUUAAGGAUUAUGAACUGCAGUUGGUGACAUACAAAGCUCUUGUGGAACCUUUGGCUUCCCCGCUGAAGAAAACCAAAAUGGAAUCUGCUUCAGACAAUAUCAUCCAGGAAUAUGUGACUCUGAGAACCCGCUACAGUGAGCUGAUGACUCUAACCAGCCAGUACAUCAAGUUCAUCACCGAUACACAGCGCCGCCUGGAGGACGAGGAGAAAGCUGCAGAAAAACUUAAAGAGGAAGAGAGGAAAAAGAUGGCGGAGAUGCAGGCUGAGUUAGACAAACAAAAGCAGUUAGCUGAGGCUCAUGCAAAAGCCAUUGCAAAAGCAGAGAAAGAGGCACAGGAGCUGAAGCUGAAAAUGCAGGAAGAGGUUAGCAAGCGGCAAGUUGUUGCUGUGGAUGCUGCAAAGCAAAAGCAAAAUAUCCAGCAGGAGCUGCAUGAGCUCAAGAACCUCUCUGAGCAGCAGAUCAAAGAUAAGAGCCAUCAAGUGGAGGAGGCCUUGCAGAGCCGCACCAAGAUUGAGGAGGAGAUACGUAUCAUCAGGCUCCAGUUGGAGACCACAGUCAAGCAGAAAGGCACAGCUGAGACUGAGCUCCAGCAGCUCAGGGAGAGAGCUGAAGAGGCCGAGCGCUUAAGGAAAGCCGCCCAGGAGGAGGCAGAGAAGCUCCGCAAACAGGUUAAUGAGGAGACCCAGAAGAAGCGUAAGGCUGAAGAAGAGCUGAAGCUGAAGUCAGAGGCAGAGAAGGAGGCUGCCAGGCAGAAGCAGAAAGCCCUAGAUGAGCUGAAAAAGCUCAAGAUGGAGUCUGAGGAGGCCGAGCGGCGCAUGAAGCAGGCUGAAGAAGAGAAGGAACGUCAAAACAAAUUGGCUCAAGACGUGGUGCAAAAGGCUGCUGCUGCAGAGCUCCAGAGUAAACGCAUGUCAUAUGUGGAGAAGACCAGCAAGUUAGAAGAAUCCCUCAAGCAAGAGCACGGCACUGUCGUCCAGCUACAGGAAGAGGCAGCGCGUCUUAAGAAGCAACAAGAAGACGCCGAAAAGGCAAGGGAAGAAGCAGAAAAGGAGCUGGAGAAAUGGAGGCAAAAGGCUAAUGAGGCCCUGCGUUUAAGGCUCCAGGCUGAGGAGCAGGCACUCAAGAAGUCCCGUGCUCAGGAGGAGGCGGAGAAGCAAAAGGAUGAAGCUGACCGGGAGGCUAAGAAGAGGGCUAAAGCUGAGGAGUUGGCCCUGAAGCAGAAAGACAUAGCAGAGAAGGAGCUGGAGAAGCAGAGAAAGCUGGCAGAUGGAACUGCACAACAGAAACUCUCAGCAGAGCAGGAGCUUAUCCGCCUGAGGGCAGACUUUGACCAUGCUGAGCAGCAAAGAACUCUGCUGGAAGACGAACUUUCCCGCCUCAAAAAUGAGGUCAGCGCUGCCGUCAAACAGAGAAUGCAGUUGGAAGAAGAACUUGCUAAAAUGAAGAAGGAAAUGGAAUCCCUCCUGGCUCAGAAGUCCAAGGCUGAAAAGGAGUCCAGGUCCAACACUGAAAAAAGCAAAGCACUUCUUGAGGCAGAAGCAGCAAAGAUGAGAGACCUGGCUGAGGAUGCGGCAAAGAUGAGAGCAAUCGCUGAAGAAGCAAAAAAGCAGAGGCAGGUGGCUGAAGAUGAAGCCGCUCACCAGAGAGCAGAAGCUGAGAGAAUCCUGAAAGAAAAGCUUGCCGCCAUCAAUGAAGCCACCCGUUUGAAAACUGAGGCUGAGAUUGCCCUCAAAGAGAAAGAGGCAGAAAAUGAGAGACUGAGAAGGCAAGCUGAAGAUGAAGCUUACCAGAGGAAGUCACUCGAAGAUCAGGCUAGCCAGCAUAAGCAGGACAUUGAGGAAAAGAUCACCCUGCUCAAGAAGUCUUCAGACACUGAAUUGGAAAGGCAGAGAACUAUUGUUGAGGAAACCCUUAAGCAGCGCAGAAUUGUUGAAGAGGAGAUUCGCAUCCUCAAGCUCAACUUCGAGAAAGCCUCCUCAGGCAAACUGGACCUGGAGCUGGAGCUGAACAAACUAAAAAACAUUGCAGAAGAAACACAGCAAAGCAAAAUUCAGGCUGAAAAGGAAGCUGAGAAAUUCCGACAGCUAGCCCUGGGGGAGGAGAACAAGAGAAAGCAGGCUGAGGAGAAAGUUAAAAAGAUUGCAGCUGCUGAAGAGGAAGCUGCUCGUCAGCGCAAAGCUGCUCAGGAUGAAGUGGAACGCCUGAAAAAGAAGGCUGAAGAAGCCAAAAAACAAAAAGAUGAUGCUGAUAAAGAGGCAGAGAAACACAUUGUUUUAGCUAAACAGGCUGCUGAGAAAUGCAGUGUAGCGCAACAGCAAGCUCAGAGUGUCCGUGAUCAGCAGAAGGAAGACAGUCUCAAGAUGAAGCAGGACUUUGAGAAAGCCAAAAAGCUAGCAAAAGAGGCAGAGGCCGCCAAAGACAAAGCUGAAAAAGAGGCUGCUCUCCUCCGUCAACAAGCAGAAGAAGCAGAGCGGCAAAAGCAAGCUGCUGAAGAGGAAGCUGCCAAACAAGCCAAAGCUCAGGAAGAUGCUGAGAGACUGAGGAAGGAAGCUGAGUUUGAGGCUGCCAAGCGGGCCCAAGCUGAAGCAGCAGCUCAGAAACAGAAAAAGCAGGCAGAUGCGGAGAUGGCGAAGCACAAGAAGCUGGCAGAGCAAACACUGAAUCAGAAGACCCAGGUGGAGAAGGAGCUGACCAAGGUGAAACUCCAGCUGGAUGAGACGGACAAGCAGAAGUCUCUGCUGGACGAAGAGCUGCAGCGCCUCAAAGAUGAGGUCACUGAUGCGGUGAAGCAAAAGGCCCAGGUGGAGGACGAGCUCUUCAAGGUCAAGAUCCAAAUGGAGGAAUUAAUGAAGCUGAAGCUCAGGAUCGAGGAUGAGAAUAAGCGGCUAAUCAAGAAAGACAAGGACAACAUGCAGAAGUUCCUGGAAGAGGAAGCGGAGAACAUGAAGAAGUUAGCCGAGGAUGCCGCUCGCCUAAGUGUGGAGGCCCAGGAAGCUGCUCGGAUGAGACAGAUUGCUGAGUCUGACCUUGCUCAACAGAGGGCACUUGCUGAGAAAAUGCUUAAGGAGAAAAUGCAAGCCAUUCAAGAGGCCUCAAAGCUUAGAGCUGAAGCAGAGGUGCUUCAGAAACAGAAGGAACUGGCUCAGGAGCAGGCUCAGAAGUUGCUUGAGGACAAACAACUCAUGCAACGGCGCUUGGAUGAGGAGACUGAAGGUUUCCAGAAGUCCCUAGAGGCGGAACGCAAGAGGCAGCUAGAGAUCACAGCUGAGGCAGAAAGGCUCAAGCUUAGGGUGUCUGAGCUUAGCAGUGCCCAAUCCAAAGCAGAGGGGGAGGCUACGAAAUACAAGAAACAGGCAGAUGUUAUCGGUACUCGUCUCCAUGAAACACAGCUUGCCACAAAAGAGAAGAAUACAGUGGUGGAGAAACUUGAAGUGCAAAUAUUGCACAGCAGCAAGGAAGCAGAUGAGCUACGAAAAGCCAUUGCUGACCUUGAAAAAGAGAAGGAGAAGCUGAAAAGGGAUUUACAGAAUAAGUCUAAAGAGAUGGCUAAUGCUCAGCAGGAACAAAUGGAACAAGAAAAGACAAUCCUCCAGCAGACUUUCAUAACAGAGAAAGCAAUGUUGUUGGAGAAAGAAAAGCUCAUUGAGGAUGAGAAGAAGAAGCUGGAAAAACAGUUUGAGGAUGAGGUCAACAAAGCUAAAACCCUCAAGGAAGAACAAGAACGGCAGAAGAAGGGCAUGGAGGAGGAGCGGAAAAAGCUGCAAGCCACCAUGGAUGUGGCCCUCAAGAAGCAGAAAGAGGCUGAGGAGGAGAUGCGCAACAAGCAAAAAGAGAUGCAAGACCUCGAGAAGAAAAGGCAAGAGCAAGAGAAACUGCUUGCAGAGGAGAACAAGAAGCUCCGUGAGAAACUGCAGGAGCUCCAGGACAAUGCAGCAAAAUCCCAUAAACGAGAGAUUGAGAUCCAGACCGAUGAAAUUCCUAAGGCUGAGCUGAUUCCCUGCACUUCGGUUGGGACAACAAAAACAGUCCCCAAUGGCCGGAAUGCUACAGAUGAUGUCGACAGCCAAAAAAGAAAUGGAGAAUCACCGCUUUUUGAAGGCAUUCGUGAGAAGGUACCCGCUAGUAGGCUGUAUGAAAUUGGCUUGUUGAGCAAAAAAGAGUAUGACAAGCUGACGAAGGGCAAAACCACUGUGCAGAACCUCAGUCAGACUGACAAACUGAAAAACUACCUGAAAGGCAAAAACUGCAUUGGUGGAGUUUUAGUGCAUCCUGACAAUAAAAUGAAUAUCUAUCAAGCCAUGAAGGAGAAGAAAUUAACUCCUGGAUCUGCAAUAGUGCUGCUUGAAGCUCAAGCAGCCUCUGGGCACAUCAUUGACCCAAUAAAGAAUAAGAAGCUCUCUGUCAACGAAGCUGUGAAGGAGGGAAUCGUUGGACCUGAACUGCAUAAUAAAAUGCUGUCUGCUGAAAGGGCAGUCACCGGUUAUAAGGAUCCUUACUCUGGGGACAAAAUCUCUCUUUUUGAAGCUAUGAAGAAAAAUCUAAUUGUCCGAGAACAUGCCAUCCGACUGCUUGAAGCUCAGAUAGCAACCGGAGGAAUAAUUGAUCCAGUCAAUAGUCACCGUUUGCCGAUUGAAACUGCUUACAAGCAAGGACAGUUUGAUGCAGAGAUGUACAAAAUUCUGUUAGAUCCUUCUGAUGACACAAAAGGAUUUUUUGAUCCAAACACUCAAGAGAAUCUCACGUACCAGCAGUUAAUGGAGCGGUGCAUCACAGAUCCAGAAUCAGGUGUGGUUCUCCUGCCUAUCACAGAAAAAGCUGCACAAAGUGAAAGGUCAUACACUGAUGAAGAAACAAAGGAUGUGUUCAAUAAGACAACAGUUUCUGUACCAUUUGGAAGAUUCAAGGGAAAGACCAUCACAAUCUGGGAAAUCAUUAACUCUGAGUACUUCACUGAGGAACAGAGAAAGGACCUGAUCCGACAAUAUAGGACUGGAAAAAUCACAAUUGAAAAAAUAAUCAAGAUUGUUAUUACUGUGGCAGAAGAAAAAGAGAAAAAGAAUGAAAUUGCAUUUGAUGGUCUGAGAGCACCUGUCCCUGCCACUGAACUUCUGGAGUCUAAAAUUAUUGACAAAGACCUUUACAAUAAGCUGCACAAGGGUAAUAAGACCGUUAAAGAAGUAUCUGAACUUGAGCCAGUUAAGAAGGCACUGAAGGGUACAAACUGCAUUGCUGGAGUCAUUAUUGAGACAACCAAUGAGAAAAUGCCUCUCUACCAGGCCAUGAAGAAAGAUAUGCUAAGAAAAGAGCCUGCAUUACAUUUGCUGGAGGCACAAGCUGGCACUGGUUUCAUCAUUGACCCAGUCUCAAAUCAGAAACUCACUGUUGAUGAAGCUGUCAAAGCAGGUGUUGUUGGUCCUGAGCUGCAUGAAAAACUACUGUCUGCUGAGAGAGCUGUCACUGGAUACAAAGAUCCCUACACUGGAAAGACUGUCUCCCUGUUUGAAGCCAUGAAGAAGGAACUCAUUAACAAGGACCAAGGCAUCCGUCUUCUUGAAGCUCAGGUGGCAACAGGAGGUAUAAUUGACCCAGUGAAAAGCCAUCGCAUCCCAGAUGAUGUGGCUUACAAACGAGGCUACUAUGAUGAAGACAUGAAUCAGACCCUGACCAACCCAACUGAUGAUACCAAGUGCUUCUUUGACCCGAACACUCAGGAAAAUGUCACAUACUCUCAGCUCCUAAACAAAUGUGUGAAAGAUAAAAAGACUGGUCUUCAGCUUCUUCCCUUGUCAGAGAAAGCUAUCAGUGCAAAGGAGGAAACAACCUACUCUGAAGUUCAGACUAAAGAGGCUUUGAACCAGGCAACGGUUGAGUUAGACUCUGGACCCUUCAAAGGAAGAAAAGUAACCAUCUGGGAGAUCAUCAACUCAGAAUACUUAACAGAAGAACAAAGACUUGAACUGAUCAAACAAUACAGAACUGGUAAAGUGACAAUUGAAAAGAUUGUAAAGAUUGUAAUUACAAUCAUUGAUGAGAAAGAGAGCAAGAAGCAAGAUCAAGCCACCUUCAAAGGUCUUCGAGCUCCUGUUCCUGCCAGCUCACUGCUCAACUCCAAAAUUAUUGAUCAACCCACUUUUGAUAAGCUGCAACAAGGCAAAACGACACCAAAGGAAAUCAGUGAAGUUGACUCUGUGAAGAAGUAUUUGCAGGGCACUGACUGCAUUGCAGGCAUCUUUGUUGAACCAACUCAAGAAAAACUUAGCAUUUAUCAAGCUAUGAGAAAGAAACUUCUGAGGCAAAACACAGGUCUUUCACUGCUGGAAGCUCAAGCAGCCAGUGGAUUCAUUGUUGAUCCAGUCAGUAAUCAGUGUCUCACAGUGGAUGAUGCUGUAAAAGCAGCUAUUGUUGGUCCAGAGCUUCAUGAAAAACUUCUCUCAGCUGAAAAGGCAGUAACUGGAUAUAAUGACCCUUACACCGGUCAGAAAAUCUCCAUCUUCCAGGCUAUGCAGAAGGAGCUCAUUCCAAAGGAGCAUGCAAUGCCACUCUUGGAUGCUCAGGUAGUCUCAGGAGGCAUCAUUGACCCAGUUAACAGUCACAGACUACCCAUUGAUGUAGCCUUUAAGCGUGGAUUUUUAAACAAACAGAUAGCCGAUACCCUUGCUGAGCCUACUGAUGAAACAAAAUCCUUCUCUGAUCCAAACACCGAUGAGAGUGUGUCGUACAAGCAGCUGAAAGAGAGGUGUAUGAGGGAUCCUGGAACAGGCCUUUGUUUUGUUCCCCUCUCAAAACCUCAGGCCCCCACUGUUGUUGAAAAGACAUACCUGUAUACUGAGGAGCAAACUCAGAAUGACUUGUCAAGCACUCAAGUUGAUAUCCCCCAUGAAAGCUUCGCUGGACAGUCAAUGUCCCUCUGGGAUGUCAUGAACUCCAACCUUCUUCCUGAAGAAGAAAGGCUGAAGCUCCUUGAAGAAUAUCGUGCAGGCAAAAUCACAAAGGAGCGCAUGAUCAUCAUCAUCAUUGAAAUAAUGGAGCAAAGAGAGAUCAUUAGGACUGAGCGUGCAAUGACCUGUGACAUGAUUAGACGAAGAGUUACCAUUGAAGAGUUGUACAGUGCUCGCAUAAUUGACCUGGAAACCUACAACUUGCUGAAGCAAGAGAAGAAAACCAUUCGGGAGAUCAUGGAAAUGACAAAGGUGAAGCAGUAUCUGUUUGGUACAGGUAGCAUUGCUGGUGUGAUGGUUGACUCUACCUCCAAGCUGAGCCUUUAUCACGCAAUGAAGAGAGGUCUUCUGAAGCCCGAAAUUGCAUUAAACCUACUGGAGGCACAAGCUGCAACAGGUUUCAUCAUUGAUCCAGUGAGGAAUGAAAUGCUCACAGUUGACGAGGCUGUCCGCAAGAAUGUAGUGGGUCCAGAAAUCCAUGAUAAGCUCCUGUCAGCUGAGAGAGCAGUCACCGGUUACAGGGAUCCUUACAGUGGCAAAAUUAUUUCCAUUUUCCAAGCAAUGAAAAAAGCCCUAAUUCCAGAAGAGUAUGCCCUUAAGCUGUUGGAUGCCCAGGUUGCCACUGGUGGCAUCAUGGAUCCAGAAUUUAAUUUCCACCUUCCAACAGAUGUUGCCGUUCAACGUGGGUACAUCAACAAAGACACAAAUGAAAAACUAUCUGCUGAUGUGCAGGAAUAUGUAGACCCCAUGACUGAAGAAAAAAUGUCUUAUGCACAACUGCUUAAGAGAUGCAAGGUUGACGGUGACAGUGGUUUGCGCUUGCUUUCACUGGCAGACAGGAGACUGCUGUUCAAGGGUCUCAGAAAGCAAAUCACAAUGGAAGAACUGAUCCGCUCCCAGAUCAUAGAUCAAAAGACAGUCUCACAACUUAAUGAAGGUCUGAUCACAGUGGAAGAAGUGACCAGAGACCUUAAGAAGUACCUUGAAGGUACUAGCUGCAUUGCUGGAGUUUUUAUAGAAUCCAAUAAAGACCGCAUGUCAAUCUACCAAGCCAUGAAGAAGAACAUGAUCAGACCAGGAACAGCCUUUGAAUUGUUGGAAGCUCAAGCUUCCACAGGGUAUGUGAUUGACCCAAUAAAGAAUCUGAAAUUGACUGUUAAUGAGGCAGUAAGGAUGGGAAUUGUGGGGCCAGAGUUCAAAGACAAACUCCUUUCUGCUGAGCGAGCUGUGACUGGAUACAGAGACCCCUACUCGGGCAAGACUAUUUCCCUUUUCCAGGCAAUGAAGAAGGGUCUUAUCCUAAAAGAUCAUGGAAUUCGUCUGCUAGAGGCUCAGAUUGCCACAGGUGGAAUUAUUGACCCAGAGGAGAGUCACCGCUUGCCAGUUGAGGUUGCGUAUAAGCGUGGCCUUUUCGAUGAAGAGAUGAAUGAAAUUCUUACUGACCCAUCCGAUGAUACCAAGGGCUUCUUCGACCCAAACACAGAGGAAAACCUGACCUACCUGCAGCUGAUGGAAAGGUGCAUCACUGACCCAGAAACUGGACUUGUGCUUUUGCUACUGAAGGAGAAGAAGCGUGAGAGAAAGACAUCUUCCAAGUCCUCUGUACGCAAACGCAGAGUAGUGAUUGUGGAUCCAGAAACAGGCAAAGAGAUGUCUGUGUAUGAGGCGUACCGCAAAGGGCUCAUUGACCAUCAGACCUACCUGGAGCUUGCAGAGCAGGAGUGUGAGUGGGAAGAAAUCACAAUCACAUCUUCUGACGGUGUGGUAAAGUCCAUGAUCAUUGAUCGGAGGUCUGGACGCCAGUAUGACAUUGAUGAUGCCAUUGCAAAAGGCCUCAUCGACAAGACUGAUUUGGAUCAAUAUCGUGCUGGCACCCUGUCCAUCACAGAGUUUGCUGACAAGCUGUCUGGGAACAUGAGUGGCACCCGUUCUAGGUCAUCCUCGUUUGGUUCAACUUCAUCCUAUCCCAUGAGUCCCAUCCCAUCCAUCAAAACUCCUGCAACCAUAUGGAAUGACCCAACGGAAGAAACAGGUCCUGUAGCAGGCAUCCUGGAUACAGACACCCUUGAGAAAGUGUCCAUUACUGAAGCUAUGCACAGGAAUCUUGUGGAUAACAUCACUGGUCAAAGGCUGCUUGAAGCUCAGGCCUGCACUGGUGGCAUCAUUGACCCCAGUACAGGGGAAAAGUUCUCUGUUGCUGAUGCAGUAAAUAAAGGACUUGUUGACAAGAUCAUGGUUGAUCGUAUCAACCUAGCUCAGAAGGCCUAUAAUGGGUUCGAAGACCCCAGAACCAAAACCAGAAUGUCUGCCGCUCAAGCCUUAAAGAAAGGCUGGCUCUACUAUGAAGCUGGUCAGCGUUUCCUGGAAGUUCAGUAUCUCACUGGUGGACUGAUAGAGCCAGACAUUCCAGGCAGAGUCUCCUUGGAUGAUGCUAUUAAGAAGGCUACACUGGACGCACGCACCGCCCAGAAGCUGAGAGAUGUGAGCGCUUAUUCAAAAUACCUGACUUGUCCCAAAACCAAGCUGAAAAUAUCCUACAAGGAUGCCAUGGACAGAAGCAUGAUUGAAGAAGGAACUAGCCUACGUCUGCUGGAGGCCUCCUCCUCCUCAAGCAAAGGCGUUUAUAGUCCCUACAAUGUCAGUGGUUCUGGGUCGACCUCUGGCUCCCGGUCUGGAUCUAGGACUGGCUCCCGAUCAGGCUCCAGAAGAGGCAGUUUUGACGCAACAGGUUCUGGUUUCUCCAUGAAUUUCUCUUCAUCCUCCUUCAGCUCCUCCAGCUAUGGACGUCGUUACCAGUCUGGGCCGCACAGUGGACUGAAUGUAGAUCAGCUAGCGCUGGCUCUCACUGCAGUCAAAAUGAGCAGAAGCUGUGGCACAGAGGAAAGAGCAAUCUUCAACACAGCACUACCAACAAACUCCUCAGUUGCAUAAGUAAAAGUAAAGGAAGUUCUUAAAAAGCAAAAAAAAAAAAAAAAAAAAAAUAUUAUUUAUUCUGCUCUGCAUGUGGUUGCAUUUUUAAAUUGCAGUGAUGAGUCAUACUGCUGUACUGCUGGAAAUAGUUUCAUGGACAUAGUUAUUUUAUUUGGUGUGCAUAUUCAGAGCUAAAUCUUUUUCUGUCUAACCUAUGUUUUUAAAAAUACAGAUUUUAUAGUUUCAUUUUACAGCCAUUGUAUCCAUUAUAGAGCAUAGUGCAUUGUUUUUAAGUGCAAGAACCUUUAAUUACUUGUUUUAAACACGUAAGUUGCCAUUUCCUUUUCAUUGCAUUUCAGCUGAAACUUAAUAUAUAAAUAGCAACUUCCGGUCACAUUUCUGUUGUUGAUUUAGUGUUUUUCCUUCUUUUUUGAAUUUAUUGAAGAGAAUAGUCCACAAGGUAUGCCAAGAUAAAAUAUAAAAUUGAUGCUGUUUACCAGUAAAAUUAUAUAUAUAUGGCUUUAUAUUUCUAAAUAUGUGUAUAGAUGUCUAACCAUAUUCAUUUUACUAAGUCGAAAUGAUCAGAACAGAAAAGUAUAAAAACAAUUAUUUGCUUGCUAUCUGCAGAGCAGAAUAAAAAAUAAAAUGGAAAUGUAUAAAAACACUACGCUAACACUACGCUACACUGGAAGAAACAAAAGCUUCAAGAUUCCAAGCUUUCAUAAUGUUUUGCAACCUUCUUAUACUGCCACAAUUACCACAUGCCCUGUGCAAAAUUUUUGUUGGAUACCAAACCAUCUCAAACUUAAUUACCACCGAGUGAGCAAAUAGUAAGAAACCCUCCCCAGAAGACCAUACUGUCAUUCCUAAAAACCUCUGCCAUUGAAACACAAAAAGUUCAUAGUCGUCAACAACCUUUUCUGAAAGCAUUCCUGAUUAUCAUCUCAAGACUGAAAGAAGAACUCAAAGGUGUCCUGGCUUCACAGACAUGUUAAAAGACCUGCGUCCCUCAACAGCAUUUGAGCUAACCAUUAUGUGUCUGGACUAGAUUCUCUGCUUUGCAUAUCUCUAUCCCUGCCAGAGAAGGAAGUAUAGAAAUUCAGGCUGUUUGGACUGAUGGGCACCUUAUCACAGAUAACACUGGAACACAACGUAUUUGCCCAGACAUUAAGAGCUGCAUUCCAGCCCUCCUUCCUUUUCUCCACUACUCCUACCACGCAAGAAGGGAACUGAGGACACUGGUCCUUUAAGGCCACCCCGUUACCUAAGGAACUUCUUUAACUCUGCUUUGAAGCCAGAACUUCUUCAAACUCUGCAGUACACUGCAAGACACUUGCCUCAAAACUUCAGGAGGGAUCACUUAUGUUUGGAACUUUCCAAGGCUUUGGAAUGUCUUUGUUUCAUCUGCCCUCUAUUUGAAUUGGAAAAUGAACUGUUCCUGAGACACAUGGGAUGAGUGAACAGACUUGAACAUGAAGUUAUAGUUCACUUUGAAUCUUUCGAGAUAUCUUGAAAUCAGGUCAUUUACUGAAAUGGAUUUUUACUGUCAAUCAUCUGAACCUAGAAUCCAAGUGAGAUAUAAUUAAGGAAUGCCCCAAUGGUCAAGUUUUAAGUUCCCCAAAAUGUUACAUUUACUUGCUAGAUUGCUUUAUUUUAAUGUUUAACAACAUCUCUUCACCUAAACAUUCGCGUUGCAAAAGGUUCUUUAAGCUUUGAUUCUGUUGCAUUUUUACCAGUGUAUCAGCUUGUUUUCCCAACAAAUUUACAUACUUUAUGUCCCAUUCUUACUUUAAUGUACUUUACUUAUGUAAAUCAUCAUGUUUUAUUUCAUUUUUCAGCAUAUUUUUGAUAUCAUAUAUUAUAUAUUUUUGCUUUGCAUGUUUUACUAACUUGGUUACAAGUGUAUGGAUAAACCAGAUGCAAGAUGAAGAUAUUUUAAAAUGUAUCCGCUUAACAAUGCAUUUUUUAUUUUUGUUUUAAGCUGAUUUAAAUGAUUAAAAAGAUAUUUAAUCAAAACUAACUGGUUGGUUUUGCCCAGAAAAAGAAGUUUGUGCUGUGAGGCAUGGUGAAUGGAAUUGGGUGUAUGUUUUGAGCGUAACAAUAUCUAAUGUAAAUAAAUCUGCCAUAAACAGG